CAAAACACGUGCGCCGGUCGCGUUUGAAUUUCUCGCGAUUUCGCGUGAUUUCUCGUAAAAUUAUCCUUUUUAUGUGCCGGUUUAAUAGAUAAAACACGCUCAAAAUGAAGCAGCUACCCGAGCUGACGAAUUUGCGACCGAAAUACAGAGAGAUUCCAGCGAAACAAAAUGAGAUCCUGGUCAACCUGGGACGGCCGCACGUGGAUUCCUUUAAUUACAUGCUCGAGGAAGGAAUCGGCGAUAUGGUGGAACGUUUGGAACCGCAAACGUUCGAACUGCCCAACCAGAACCGGGUCACGCUGCGAAUUACGGACGUGAGCAUCGCAAGGCCGGAGGUACCGAUGGGUACGAUGAAUGUGGCAGAAAAGCGUGUCUUUCCAUCCGAAUGUCGCCAAAAACGAGACACUUAUGGCGGCAUGUGUACGAUAACGCUCGCCUGGGAACUGGAUGGGUUUCCGCAGCCGGCGAUUACACGCGAUAUGGGCCGCGUACCGAUCAUGCUGCGAUCGAAGGCCUGUAAUCUCGAAGGCAUGUCGCCAGCGGAGCUCGUUGAACGCGGAGAACACGAAGACGAAUGGGGUGGUUACUUUAUGGUGCGAGGAAACGAGAAAUUGAUACGCCUGUUGAUAAUGACGCGCCGAAACUUUCCGAUCCUUGUCAACCGCAACAGGUGGAAGGAACGGGGUCGAGACUUCAGCACCACCGGCGUAUUUAUGCGCUGCGUUCGAGACGAUCAACAUGCAACGAACAAUGUGCUUCACUAUCUUACGACGGGGGCGGCCAAGCUAAUGAUCAGCAUACAGAGGGCGAUCCACUUCAUACCGGUGAUGCUAUUGAUGAAAGCUUUAACAGAUUACACGGACAAUGACAUCUACCGUAAGCUGAUCGCUGGUUGUGAGGAUGAUCAGUACUUCAAGAAAAGCGUUAUGAGUAUGUUACGUGACUUGCACAGCGAGAAUCUGCACAACCAGCAAGAUUGUCUGCGCUACCUGGGAAUGCUGUUUCGGAUGCGGCUGACGCUCUGCAGUAUGCCAAAGUGGUAUACGGACGAGCAGGCCGGUGUGUUCCUCCUCCGAACCUGCGUUCUUAUUCAUCUCGAUCACAACGAGGACAAGUUCAAUUUGCUCGUCUUCAUGAUGCACAAACUGUACGCAGCCGUGCAGGGUCGGUGUGCGACGGAAUCGCUCGAUAGUGUAAUGAUGCAGGAGGUUAUACACGGUGGACACAUCUAUCUGAAGCUGCUCCGGGAACUGUGCAUGUCGACGUUGCUGUCGGUGCGUUUGAAUCUGGUGAGACUUCUGCCCGAUGCUAGCUCAAAGUAUGUCACCUCAAAGGAGGUCGUACAAGCACUGAAGAAUUGCUCCGGAUACCAGGCCAGUUUGACCAACUUUCUCAGCACCGGAAAUCUUGUGAAAGCGCCCGAUAUGGGCCUGAUGCAGGACAGUGGUCUGGUGAUCAUUGCGGAGAACAUCAAUCGAAUGCGGUACAUGUCGCACUUCCGCGCUGUCCAUCGUGGAUCGUUCUUCGUGACAAUGCGUACGACUGAGGCUCGUCAGCUGCUACCGGAUGCUUGGGGUUUCAUCUGUCCCGUACAUACACCUGAUGGUACGCCCUGUGGAUUGCUCAACCAUCUGACCUCGGACUGUACCAUCUCGAUGACGGAAAGUCCAGAUAAAGUGUCCAACAUUGAAACCACUCUGAUUGCACUCGGUAUGAUUCCGGUCGGUGCUGAAUUGGAACCACUUCGUUCCGACGAAUGGUACCCUGUGUUGCUGGAAGGACGAGUGCUAGGCAGGAUUGCCCGUUCCAGCGCACCACGAGUGGUGCAGAAGCUUCGUUUGCUCAAGAUCGACGGAGAGACCAUCCCCAGUGCCACUGAAAUCGCCUUCGUUCCGUGGCGUGAGGGAGGACAGUACCCGGGUAUAUUUAUGUUCGUCGGCCCCGCUAGAAUGAUGCGUCCGGUCAAGAAUCUGCUCGCCAAUCGUACCGAACUGAUCGGUACAUUCGAGCAGGUGUACCUAGACAUUUGCAUUACACCGGAGGAAGCCUAUCCUGAGCUAACGACACAUAUGGAGCUCUCGAAAACGGCUUUCCUAAGCAAUCUAGCGCAACUCAUCCCGAUGCCGGACUGCAAUCAAUCGCCCCGUAACAUGUACCAAUGUCAAAUGGGCAAGCAGACGAUGGGAACACCGUGCCACAACUGGGCGAUGCAGUGCAUAUCUAAGUUCUACCGCCUGCAGACUCCCGCCACGCCUCUCUUCCGUCCGGUGCACUACGAUAACAUUGAUCUGGAUAAUUACGCCAUGGGCACGAACGCGAUCGUGGCCGUCAUUUCGUAUACCGGCUACGACAUGGAGGACGCCAUGAUCAUCAACAAAUCGGCUUACGAACGUGGAUUUGCGGCCGGUACCGUAUAUAAGAACGAGUUCUUCGCCCUUCUCGGAAACAGCUUCUUUGCACGGAAUCCCAAGGAUGAAACGUUGACUGCGUUCCUCGACAACGAUGGGCUACCGUGCCAGGGUUCGGUGCUGAGUACAAACGAUCCACUGUACUGCUACUUCGACACCAACGAUCAUCUGUACCACGUGGUUCGCUACAAGGGAAGCGAAACGGCCAUUGUAGCCAGUGUCAAACUGUGUACGGCGCUGGAAAGCAAAGUGCAGGACAAGCAGUUGUCCGAGAAUGGGAAGCAGCUUAUCAUUACCUAUCGUGUUCCACGAAAUCCUAGUGUCGGCGAUAAGUUUGCUUCGCGCGCCGGUCAGAAGGGUAUCUGUUCGCAGAAGUGGCCCGCCAUCGAUUUACCGUUCACCGAGUCUGGCAUGAUACCGGACAUUAUCUUCAAUCCGCACGGAUUUCCCUCGCGUAUGACGAUUGCGAUGAUGAUCGAAACGAUGGCCGGUAAGACGGGUGCUUGUCAUGGGCUUGUACAUGAUGCGACACCGUUUCGCUUCGAUGAGAACAACACCGCUAUCGACUACUUCGGCCGGCUGCUGGAAACAUCCGGUUACAAUUAUUACGGAACCGAACGGAUGUACAGUGGUGUGGAUGGGCGUGAGAUGAAGGCUGACAUAUUCUUCGGUAUCGUGCACUAUCAACGGCUACGGCACAUGGUCAGCGACAAGUGGCAGGUACGAUCGACCGGACCGAUCGAUCAGCUCACGCACCAACCGAACAAGGGUCGAGCACGUGGUGGCGGUGUACGGUUUGGUGAAAUGGAACGCGAUGGAUUGAUCUCACACGGGGCCUCGUUCCUGUUGCAAGAUCGUCUGUUCCACGGAUCGGAUAAGGUGAUGACACUCAUCUGUCAACGGUGCGGCUCGUUGCUCGGUCCGCUGGAUAGUGUUACACGGCGGGUAGCGAUCAAUUCGAACGAGUUCCAACAAACCCCCGCUUCCUGUCGGCUGUGUCAGGAUGAUUGCGAGAUCGGUCAUGUCGAGAUACCGUACAUCUUCAAGUUUCUCGUUUCGCAGCUCUCCUCCGUUAACAUCAAUGUUAAGCUUCAGCUGUCCUAUCCAGACGUUUAGAAAACACGGCCCCUUCUCUACCUCCCGUUCCGGUUUGUGUGCCUUGAAAUGGAAAGAGAAAUAAACUGUUUGUCGCAGGUUCACGCGCGA